GUUGUGUGCAAGUCAGGAUAAAACUAGUGGAGAUUUCAUUGUUAAAACAUACAACCCUAUCCAUAAAUGUUUGACAUCAACUCAUAACUACCUGUGCAACUCAAAGUUUUUGGCCACCAAAUACAAAGAAAGAAUAACUCAACAGCCAAACAUCAGCAUUGUCUUGUUGCAGGACAUUAUUAGAAAGGAGUUGGAUAUUAAUGUUGGUAGGACAACAGUGAGAAGAGCUAGGACUAGAGUGUUACAAGAGAUCAUGGGUGAUCACAUUGUGGAGUAUGGUAGGAUUUUUGAUUAUAGAGAUGAAAUAUUAAGGAGUAAUCCAGGUAGUACUUGUGUAGUGAAGGUUGGAGAAGAUUCUGAAACUGGGCAGAAAUUUUUUGAAGGAUUUUAUGUUUGCUUCAAUGCUUUAAAGAAAGCAUUUUUUGGAGGUGCUAGAAGGUUGAUUGGUUUUGAUGGGUGUUUUCUCAAAGGUGUGUGUAAAGGCCAGUUGUUAGUGGCAGUUUGUAGAGAUGGAAACAACCAAAUGCUCCCUAUUGCUUGGGCAGUUGUUGAGGUUGAGAAUCAGUAUACCUGGACAUGGUUUCUUGAACUAGUGAAGAAUGAUCUUGAACUUGGAGAAGGGCAUCAACUAUCCAUCAUUAGUGAUAUGCAAAAGGGACUAGAAAUUGCUGUGGAUACUUUAUUGCCACUUGUUGAACAUAGAAAAUGUGCAAGACAUGUUCUUGCAAAUUGGUCAAAAAAUUGGAAAGGAGUUGAAAGAAGAAGAGUGUUUUGGAGGAUUGCUAAAUCCACAUUUGAAGCUGAGAUGAAGGACAAUAUAGAGACAAUGAGGAAAUUAGGACAAGAAGGUUUAGAUAAUCUUUUAUGGUACAAUUUGAAUACAUGGUGCAAGAAGUAUUUUGAAGAAUAUAGCAAAUGUGAUGUUGUGGACAACAAUAUGGCAGAAAGCUUUAAUGCUUGGAUAGUGUCUGCAAGGUAUAAAACCAUCAUUACAAUGCUUGAGGAGAUAAGGGUGAAGAUGAUGAAAAGAAUUGGUGAUUUGAGAGAGUUCUCAAACACUUGGAUCAUUGAUAUAUCUCCUAUGUCUUUGAAGAUUUUGCAAGAAAACAUUCAAAAGUCUAUGCAAUGUAACUUGACUUGGAAUGGAGAAAGAGGUUUUGAGAUUAAACACCAUGGGUUUACACACACUGUGGACAUUGUUAAUAGGAGGUGUAGUUGCAGAUCCUGGCAGCUUAGGGGAAUUCCUUGUCCUCAUGGUGUUGCUGCCCUUCAUUACAAAAACUUGGAACCAAUCCAUUAUGUGGCUAGCUGUUAUAGCAAGGAAACCUACCUCAGCACAUAUGCCCAUUUUAUUCAGCCAAUGAAUAACAUGAAAAUGUGGUCAACCUCAAAUAAUCCAAUUGUAAAGCCACCAAAGAUCAGAAAGUUGCCUGGAAGACCAGUUAAGGUUAGAAGAAAGGAAGCAGAUGAAAGCAGAAAAACUGGAAAGUUGAGCAAAAGAGGUGCUGUAAUGACUUGUAGCAAAUGUGGCACACAAGGACACAAUAAAGGAGGAUGUCCUACAAGAAACCAAGCUGAUCCAAGUCAAUCAACUGAACCAGUUUCUCAGGCAAGAAGUACUGGUCCAAGUCAGUCAUCUGAACCAUCUUCUCAUACACAGGCUACUGAAAGUGGUAGAGGAAAAGGCACAGGAAGAGCAACAAGAGGAAGAGCAACAAGAGGAAGAGCAAGUGGCAGAGGUGUUCCAGCUCAAUCACAUGAAAAUGUUACAAACACAGAGACUGUAAAUGGUAGAGGUAGAGGUAGAGGUACAGGUAGAGGAGCAGGAUCAGGAAGAGAAAUGGCUCAAGAAAGAAAUGUGAAUGAAGGACUAAGUAGAGGAAGAGGAAUGACUCAACAUAGUCAAACUAGUUCAGAAGCAAACUACAGUAGAGGAGGCCUAGGAAGAGGGAAGAGACCAGUAGAACAUGAAGACACUAGUGGAGGACAAACAAGACCUUUUAAAAGGCCAAGAAUGGUAGGUGUUGGCAUAUACCAAGCUAAAGAUGGAUUUACAACUCUCAAUCCUGGAUUGCCAAGUAGAAGAGUCAUCAAUACUGGUACAAAAGUUACAAAGAGGGCUGAUGUUGUCACUGGUGAUAUUGGCUACACACCAGUACGUGGAUUCAAAUGGAAGGGGAAGACAACUAUUACAAGUAGCAACCUGGAAAGAAUGAGGGCUGAAAAGGUUAUCCAAACUAGGUCUGUAGCUGCUGCUAAUGCUGCUAAUAGCCAAGGCCAAACAACUUCAAGUAGAAAAACUUCUGUGCCAUGGAAGUAGGGCAUUUUGAUGUUGUCUUGUUCAUUUUGACAAACAAAAUUUAACUAAGCAUAUAUUUGUGUUGUUUUUUAUUGGAAACAAACUCAAUUUUGGGUGUAACCAAACAAACUUGAAUGGUUGGAAUCAAACUCGAUUAUGAAGUCUUCUUUUU